AUGUCAUCAAGCCAACCCCAAAUAAACGGGGUUCCUGCCUCAUCGGCAAGCACUUCGCAACCAUUACCAAGCACACAGACCACGGCGGCCGCUUCUAGCCAGACUGCUGCUGCAGCCUCACAGAACGCACCUCCUCCAGCGCCAUCAACAACCGCCCCUCGACCGCGCGACUCAAGGCUUAUCGAACUACUGCUCACAUCGCAAGGUGUUACCGCUUAUGAGCCACGCGUUCCCCUCCUCCUUCUCGACUUCGCCUACCGUCAUACCUCAUCUGUUCUUAGCGAUGCGCUACAUCUUUCCGGCGACCCAUAUGUCACACAAGCCGGCUCUAAACCAUCAGCAAAUGCUGGAGCAAUCUCAGCACCUGCAGGCGACGCUGCAGUCACCGCCAAUGCCGUUAAGCUCGCCAUCGCUGCGCGACUCAGCUAUCAGUUCCGCGGAGGAAACGCAGGCGGGGGGAUUAGCAAAGACUACAUGCAAGAACUUGCACGCGAACGCAACAAGGUAGCACUGCCUAAAAUUGUGCCCAGUGAAUGGGGUGUGCGACUACCAAGCGAACGAUUCGUCCUGAGUGGCACAAGUUGGGGACUGAAGGAUGUAUGGGAUGAAGAGGAUGAAGAGGAAGAGGAACAAGGGGGUGAUGCCAUGGAGGGUAUUGAGGGUCCCGAGCCUGAAGAUAUCGGCGGAGAUGGGGUUGAGGGCGGGACGGUAGAGGAUAUGUUUGGUGAGGAUGUCGACGAAGAGAUGGCUGAGGAGGGCUAG